GAAAGUAAUUAUUUUUUCACACGAGUCUCACUGUUUAGUGGAAAACAGAAAAGUAUACUAAUAAUGAUUCUUAUAAAGGUGUUGCUAACAAACAUGUGGGAACUUUUUGGUAUCUUGACUCUUCUCUUGACUACAGGAACAUUUUCAGUUGAGGGAAAAUUAUUCCUUUUCCGUCAUCGUAUACCGCCGCCCGAGGAGCCUGAAUUUAGAACUUCGCCCGAAUGGGGUACUUUUACACAAAGGGUUGACCAUUUCGACCCUGCAGACAACAGAACGUGGCAAAUGAGAUAUGUAAAAAAUACCGACUUUUAUGAAGAAGGGCGCCCCAUGUUCUUGUAUAUAGGGGGCGAAUGGAAUAUUACAUCAAGAUGGGUUACGUCAGGGCUUAUGUUUGACAUGGCUCGAUUACAUAAAGGCAUUUUAUUCUAUACGGAGCACAGAUUUUACGGUAGCAGUUAUCCAAUAGGCGACUUAACGGUCGACAGUUUAAAAUACUUAUCUGCUGAUCAAGCUCUAGCAGACCUUGUGUAUUUCAUUGAGUAUCAAAAGCAAAACACACCAGGACUUCGAAACAGUACAGUGAUCGUUGAGGGUUCAUCAUACGCAGGGGCUUUAGCAACUUGGGCAAGAAUAAAAUAUCCUCAUAUAGUAGAUAUUGCUUAUUCCUCCAGUGGUCCUUUAUAUGCUAAAGCAGAUUUUACAGAAUAUUAUGAAGUUGUGGAAGAAAAUCUACGUCUUGCUUCUCCCUCUUGUCCAAAACUAAUCAAAAGUGCCAUGGUUAAAGUAACUGAAAUGCUAAAAACUCGAAAUGGUUCUGCCAACGUAUCAAAAUUGUUUCGUUCCUGCAAAACUGUAAAUGGUUCAUCAGAAUUAGAUAGGUCUUAUUUUCUUAGCUCUAUUCCAUUCGAGUUUGGUAGCGUAGUUCAAAGUGCGCAACCUGGAGAUGUGGUGGCCGCAUGUAGAGCCCUCGAAAAUCAAACAGGAUCUGAUGUGGAAAAAUUUGCAAAGUAUGUAAGACCAAGCAAAGGAUGUAUAGAUUAUUCUUAUAAUGGUGCUGUAGAAUAUCUUUCUGCAACGAAAAAGGGAGCAACCGAUGAUGAGCGCCAAUGGAUGUAUCAAACAUGUACUGAAUUUGGUUGGUUUCAAACGCGCGGUUUUGGCGGUGCAUUCACUGUAGAUUUGUAUUAUCAAAUGUGCAAAGACAUUUUUGGAAAAGAUUUUGAUUCAUACACACUCAAUAAUGGAACUGAACGAACAAAUUUGUUUUACGGUGGUAAAAAACCGAAAGUAACACGACUCGUUACAUGUCAAGGCACUGUGGAUCCGUGGUCCAAGUUGGGAUUAGAGAAAAAUUUAAAUGAGGAUACAGUUACAAUUAUUGUUAACGGUACCUCGCAUUCUGCCGAUUUGUACUCGAUUAGGGAUUCCGAUUCCGACCAAUUGAAACGGGCUAAAAACAAGAUAAUGGACACAAUAAGUGCCUGGAUAAUUGAAAAAGAAGAAAAAUAUAAAAAAAAUCCCCAAUAACGACUACUACAUAUGUAAUACUCACAAUGUUACCAUUUAUUGCGAAUGAUGGUAAUGACAUUAAUAACUACGAUACGUAUAAUUUUGCUACAUCAAACGCCCCAACGAUGGUCGGUUUUUGUGGGUGAUUUGCUCAUAGUACCUUCUCACGUCUUAAAUAUGCAAUUUAAUUCUAAAGAACAAAGUUAUUUCUUUUGCUAUACAAUUUAUUUUUCUUAAGAUGCGUGUAAUAUACAUGUACAUAUAGUAAAAGUGUAUUAUAUAUUUUUUAUUU